AGGCGCCGAGGAAAUGGAAGGACCCCGCGCCGCACAGGGUUGUGGGCGCUGCGCUUGUGGACAGCCUCCGGGAAGCGGCAGGGGCUUCGCGGGAUUCGCCCGCGGACUCCGUGCCGGGCUCAGGUUUUCUCCUGGAGACCCUCGUCCUCCUCACGUCAGCGCCGCUCUCUGCUCCACGACAAUGUUCGUGCCCUGCGAGAAGUCGGGCCCCGACCUCUCGGGCUGCACCCUGCUGCUGCCAGCAGUAUCUGUUGGAAAUGUUGGUCAGCUUGCAGUAGAUCUGAUUAUUUCUACACUGAACAUGUCUAAGAUCGGUUACUUCUAUACUGAUUGUCUGGUGCCAAUGGUUGGAAACAAUCCAUACGCAACAGCAGAAGAAAAUUCAACAGAACUCAGUAUAAAUGCUGAAGUAUAUUCAUUGCCUUCAAGAAAAUUAGUGGCUCUUCAGUUAAGAUCUAUUUUUAUUAAGUAUAAAUCCACCUCAUUCUGUGAAAAACUCCUUUCCUGGGUGAAAAGUAGCAGCUUUGCCAAAGUUAUUGUUCUUUCGAGCAGUCACUCUUACCAACGAAACGACCUACAGCUUCGCAGCACUCCCUUUCGGUACCUGCUUACGCCUUGUAUGCAAAAGAGUGUUGAGAAUAAAAUAAAGAGCCUUAACUGGCAAGAAAUGGAAAAAACUCCAUGCAUUCCUGAAAUGAGUGAUUCUGAUUACUGUGUCCGGAUUCCAGGAGGAGGAAUCACACGAGCACUCUACAAAGAGAGCUGUUCUAAAGAAAUCCAAAUGGUGGUUCUGCUGAAGUUUGUUUCCGAAGGGGACAACGUCCCAGACGCACUGGGUCUCGUUGAGUACCUUAAUGAGUGGCUGCAGAUAAUCAAACCGCAGUUACAGAGUAACGACCCUGCACCAUCUGCCUUGCCGUGGAAAAUACCGAGUUCUUGGAAAUUACUCUUUGGCAGUGGUCUUCCCCGUGCACUUUUUUGAUCUGUUUUCAGCUUUAUUUGUGGUGUCCUGAGACACUGCCAACACAACUGUUAAAUACUCUAUAUGAAAAUCUGUACUGUCCAAGAAUGCAUUAGGACACAUACUUUUCACAGAAAAUGUCAGACAGAUUAACAUUUCCCAUGCCUUUCAUCAUCUAUAACAAGUGUAAAAUUUGUACAAUAAAAUUUUAUUUCCUACAUA